UUACACUCUACACUACUCUACGGUGUAAAACACAACCAAUUUAAACGAACGCGACAGUCACAACGCACGUGGCGUGUUCUCUCGUGAUUUGCGGCUCUGUUGCCAGCGAAUAUACUUGAGAGAAAUACGUUUAAUUUUUAGUUUUUUUUAACGUAAAAGAAGUCAAUCUGUAAGUGAGGUUAUGUCUUUCCGUGGACGCGGCGGUGGUAGAGGAGGCGGUGGUUUUCGAGGAGGCCGUGGUGGAUUUAACAGAGGAGGACGAGGUGGCUUCGACAAACACAGAGGAUACGAUCAAGGUCCUCCAGAAACAGUCACACCUUUAGGACACUUCUCAUGGAUUGUAGAGGACGAUCUUGUUAUUAAAGUGAACAUCGAACAAGUACCCUAUUUUAACGCACCAAUCUACACAGAAAACAAACAUCAAAUUGGAAAAAUAGAUGAGAUAUUUGGCAAUAUUCGUGAUUAUUACGUGUCCGUUAAGUUAGGAGAAAAUCUAAAAGCCUCUAGUUUUGAGAAAAACACUCAGUUAUACAUUGAUCCAGCAAAACUGCUGCCACUUGCUAGGUUUUUGCCAAGGCCUCCUGGAGAAAAACAAAGUACUCCUGGUCGUGUUAUGAAAAGAGGUGGUGGAGGAAGAGGAGGAGGAGGUGGUGGUGGUAGAGGUGGCAGAGGUGGCAAUAGAGGAUCCUUUGGAGGAAGAGGAGGAGGUUUUGGUAACAGAAGUGGCGGUUUUGGUGGUGGAGGAGGAGGAGGAGGAUUUAGAGGUCGAGGCGGCGGUGGAGGAGGUGGCGGAUUUAAUCGCAAUAGUUCAGGCGGAGGUCGUGGAGGAGGCAGAUGGUAGAAAAUUAUUAUUUAAAAUAA